AGUUAGGCAAACUAAGAACGACGUAUCAAACACCAUGGCAAUGCCAAAUGCAGAGUACCAAAGCGGGCAACCGUAGUUGUGCUAUUUUGGAGACAGAUGAUAAGCGCGCAAAAGAUCAAGGUACGGGAGGUGCUGGCGAGUUGCUCUCUUCCACCUCUCACCGCACACUCAAGCGUCGCCCUACCCUCCAGGGCAUUCCAUUCCUUUGUUUCGUAGUCAUUCUUUAGAUUCCGGAAGAGUCGCUUGACCUGUCGGUCGGGGAACAGUUUCAAAGUGGGCGUCCCGUUUCAUACAUAGUAUUCAAGCAAAGCGGCUGACAAUAAGAUUACUGUGUCUCACUAGCUCUCACAACCACAUACCCUACCUCAGAAAAACUUGACUCUUCUCCAUUAUGUUCUCCCAAGCUCUUGUCGCUGCAUUUAUUGCUACCCUUGCAGUCUCCCGCGCUGAACCUGUUCCUUCGGAACCUGGUCCAGGAUCUUCUUUCAAUGAAGGUGCAAACUGCCCCGUCACCUGGGAAGUUGACACAACUGGCGUGUGGAAGACUAUGAACAUUGAACUUAUGUCUGGAAGCAACCUUCAGAUGAAUCACAUAACGACUAUUGCAACGGUUGAUGGUACUGAUCCUACGAAGGCUGAAUUCACCUUUCCUUGCCCUGCAGUUGUUCCUAACUCUGAGAUCUACUUCUAUCAAUUCAGCUCGCCAGCUACGACCAAUCUCACCUGGACAACUCGUUUCACGAUCGCCGACGCCACUGGAAACUCCGUUCCGCCGGCGAACGCGAAUCAGCCUAACGGCGACCCCAUUCCUUGGGGUAUCGGUGCUUUAGAGGAUCCUUCCAAGGCUACCCCUCCCCCUACCGCGGGUGCUGCCAACACCAGUGGCUCCACCGCAGGUACUUCCAGCUCCUCUAGUCCUGCAAGUGGUCCCCCUGCCGCCUCUUCUGUGUCCUCUGCUCCAACAUCCGGCGCUUCUUCUACCUCUAGUGGGGUGACGCGCGUGACGAGCACGUCCGCAUCUGCUGCUGCGUUGAGCACUUCUACCACCAACUCAACAAAAACCGGCGAGGCUGACAGCACGGAUAGCGGCGCUACUAGCGUUGCCAUUGGACGUGGCCUUAUGGUCGCAGUGGGUGCUUUGGCUGCUGCAAUGGUCCUCUAAGGAGUUGCACCUGCGUCAUGUUUGAUUUUUCCCCUCUCCGUCAUACAUCUCCCGUUCGUGCAUGGUUCCUGUCAUAUUCUUUUGGUUGGGAUUUCCGGUGGUAACAAACAAUGCUCAUACCCAUAUCUUUGCGUAAUACUCUGCGAGCAUGCCAAUGAUAUUGGCCGUCAAUAAUCUGCUUUACUCGAUACUUCGCCUUCGGGUUAUGUUUUACUCUUUAAGCUUGAAGUCUGCCUAU